UUUACCAUGACGGAAGCCGCGACAUUGCCAAUUUUCACUCCAGAGGUCACGUGGCUAUUUUUACGUCCUAUUGCUCUUGCUGGUGGUAUUGCUUUGGCCGUCAACUAUCUGCUAUGGCCCGAAAACAGUGUCACCAAUUACAUGGCGGUGCUCAAGAGAACUCUUGCCAAUUACAAUGCUUAUUUCAAGGACCAUUCACAAGCGUUUCUGUCUCUGUCACCUAGCGAUAUGCAUGCCACUCUGCCAUCGUUACAUGCACAACUACAGGGAAGUGUGCUGUUGCUGAUCGACUGUAAACGAGCAGUGCAGCGAGAAAUCCUUUAUUCGAACCUGUCAGCCAAAGACAUCAGCAAACUCACGAGAAUGACCAAGGAUAUGCGUUCCGCUUUGCAUGGUGUUGGGCUGGCCUUUAUCAUGAAAAAUGAUUAUCUAAAUGAUGUAGCAUCGUCUCCCUUUUUACAGGAUGUAACAGAGGAUCAUGCAGAAUCUCGCGCCUUCAAAAACGCUGUUCAUGAUAUGCAAUCGGUUUGCCAGGAUCUUAACACGGCUUGUUGUAAUGCUUUAGCCGACUGCUGCAGACGGGUCGACCAGAUGCAUGAUCGAUCAAGAAGUAAUAUCAACAGCCUCCUGUGGCCAUUUCCGCGGUUUUUUCAGCAUCGGUUAUGGGGCAAGAACAAGAACGUAGCUGAUGUGGCCAUGCCAAGUGUAACCACUGGUCAAGCCCUGCAAGAUGCAUUGUACACGUACGACAUGUAUGUCAAACAAUUGGCCACCGCGGAUUUCUUGGAGAGUCUGCCACGUUAUGGACCGCUGUAUCUGUUGUUCCUAUAUCAGUACAAUCUGAGGGAACAUGCUGCCAAUGUCAAGGCCAUGAGCGAGUAUCUGGAUGAACUGGAAAGUGUGCGAACGAAGCGCCGCCUAUGGUGGCCCAAGAUGGGGUUGCGAAAGUGGUUUCAAUCACCGGACAUGGAUCCCGCCAUGGGGGACGAUUACCGUGACACCCAUCAGCCCGACGAAACGAAUAAUGGCCUUACGCUUGUACGGACGUCAACACGCAUGGAAUUGGAAGGUCAAGAAGAAAACACUUUUCGCAAGCAUCCGUCCCUUCGUCGUUAUCAUGAUCCAGACGUGACAGCUCCCAGCUCGGCUUUCGAAUGGUUCUUUUACGGCGUGCACAAAGUGACAAAAUGGUUUAUGACCAAUGACACUCUCUUUGCUUUCAAAACCGCGCUCGGGGUGGUGAUGCUUGCCAUUCCUGCGUGGCGGGCCGAAAGUGCCGGUUGGUACUUUGACUGGCGUGGCCAGUGGGCCAUGAUUACCUUGGUUUUAUGGAUGUUUCCAAUGCCCGGUUUGUUUAUCUUCAACAUGACAGCUCGUGUCCUUGGAUCCGUAGCGGGAGCGGUUCUCGGUAUUGUCGUCUGGGAGAUUACCCGCGGUAAUCCAUAUGCCCUCGCUGUGGUGUGCUUUAUUGUUUUUAUUCCAUUAUACCAUAUUUUCCUCUUUAAUGGCACAUUCCGAGUGGCGGCGCUGAUGACGAAAAUUACCAUGCUCUUGGUAGUGAUUUACGAAUACAAUUUUGUAUUGGAAGGUCAACCUGGUUAUGAUCGUGUAUGGACAGUGGCCGGCAAGCGCUUGUUAUUGGUUGUUAUAGGAUUGGCGGCGUGUGGUAUCCUUCUUAUGAUUCCGUACAUCAGCACGGGUCGUGUGGAGUUGCGAAAGCGAUUAGCUAGAACUAUCCAUGAUAUUGCACGUUUGUACGGUCUUCUAACCGCUCGGAUCAUUGAAACCUCGUCGUCCAAGAUACCAGUCGAGCAGCGAUUCAAGAUGUUUCGGAAACUGGCUGUGGACUUGCGACGUCAAAUUGAAGAUGAGCGAAAUCUCCUGAGUCAUGCCAAAUUUGAGCCACCGCUACGUGGUCAGUUCCCUCUGAAGGAUUAUCAAGUCAUUAUCGAGAAGGUCGAUAAUAUGGCCGACUUAGUUUUCAGCAUGGGACAUGCUGCACGACACAUCAAGCCGUUAUGGCGUGAAAGUAUUGCGACCGCAUUGAUUAGGGAACGAAAGGAAUACCUGUCAUCGGUGAUGACGACGCUUAAGCUUAUUUCGACCACGUUGGCUUCAAAAAGUGCUAUGCCGCCUUACAUGAUAUCCCCCGAAGAAGCGCGCGUGCGUUUUGCAAGGUCCCUCGAACAAAAGAUCAAUGUACGACCCGAGCAAAUAGCCGAUAUUGCAUUUUCAAGCUACAGCACGUUCAUGAUGGCAAGCUCAGCUUUCAACAGUGAGUUGCAAGCGCUUUUGGAGGCCGUUCAAGGUUUAGUCGGGAUCGAGGAUUACGAUUUCGUUUAAGUGCGGUCGAGUUCGUGCAUGAAAAAAAAAAGACAUCAAACAAACAAACUUUUUUCUAUUGUCAAAUUCAUAUUGAACCAUGAAACAUUUCAUAUCCUCUUUG